AUCAAUUCCAAGCUAUGCUACAAACAUCAUUUUUGCAGGGUUCCGUGAUUUAAGGUGUGGAUUUUGACAACGGCUACAAACAUCAAUUCCAGCGCAUGCUGCUUUUAUUGAUGGAAAAAUAAAAUUACAACGGUGGAUUCAGCUUUAAUUGAAUUAAUAUAGUUAUUAUUUUAGUAACUAGAAACACAUGAGUUCUAAUAUAUUAUUUCUUAUCUUAUCACAACCCAUUUACUCAUAAUCCAAUAAUCUUUCAUCAAAUCCGGCGGAACACCAAUAUGCUUCCUUCAACAACUUCUUCUUCUGCUGCUAUGAUCGAAGCAACAGCGUACGAUGUUUUCCUUAGCUUCAGAGGCGAGGAUACUCGUAAUGGUUUCGUAAGUCAUCUCUACAAAGAUUUGUGCCGAAAGAAAAUCCAAGUUUUUAUAGACGAUGAGGGGCUUCCAAGGGGAGAUGAAAUUUCAGGGGCGCUGUUGACGGCCAUUGAAGGAUCCAGGGUUUCAGUCAUUGUUUUCUCCAAAAACUAUGCUUCUUCCAGAUGGUGCUUGGACGAGCUGGUCAAGAUCAUGGACUGCAAGAAGUUGAAACAGCAUUAUUUAGUGGUUCCUGUAUUUUACGGUGUAGAUCCCUCAGAUGUACGGAAACAAAGAGGGAGUUUUGGAGAUGCAAUUGCAAAUCAUGAAGAAAAUUUAAAGCAUGAUGUUGAAAAGGUGAAAUCCUGGAGAAGUGCUUUGACGUCUGCUGCCAAUUUAUCCGGUUGGGAUUCACAUGUUACUCGGCCUGACUCAACAUUGGUAGAUAAAAUUGUCAAAGAUGUAUUGAAGAAAUUGAAUCGUGGAACCUCAAGCGCUAAUUUAGAGGGUUUAGUUGGAGUUGAGAGGCGGAUGCAGAAAGUUUUGUCAUUAUUUCAAGAUGGAUUUCCAGAUUUUCAAAUUUUAGGUAUUUGGGGCAUGGGAGGUACAGGCAAAACUACACUUGCCGAAGCCAUUUUUUACCAUGUUUUAGAUGGUUUCCAAAGUUACUUCUUUCUUGCAAACGUGAGAGAAUCAGCUGACCAAGGAACAUUAUUUCAAUUGCGUCAGAAACUUUUUUCAACCAUAUUGGAAGAUGAAAAUUUAGAUAUCUCAACACCCACAAUCAUACCAAGCUUUGUUAAGGACAGGCUUUCUAGAAAGAGGGUUUUACUAGUUUGUGAUGAUGUGUCAAAGUCAAGCCAACUCGAGUAUUUAUUCGGAGGAAGCAAUCGACUCGGCCCUGGAAGCCGAGUCAUCAUUACAACUAGAGAUAAACAAGUGCUUAUCCAAUAUGGGAUUGAUCUCAUUUAUAAAGUGGAGGAAUUAGAUAGAGAUGAAUCUGUUCAGCUCUUUUGUCAAUCUGCCUUCAAAAGCAAUCAUCCCACGGAAUAUCAGUUGGAGCUAUCAGAGAUGGUUUUAAGUUUUGCUAAUGGAAACCCCUUGGCUAUUAAAAUUUUCGGGUCCUCUCUUUAUGGAAAGGAAAAAAACUAUCAGGAAAGUGCAGUAAAAGAACUAAAGCAGAUUCCUAACCCAGAUUUUCUUAAAUUGUUGAGAAGCAGUUUUGAUGGACUAAAUCCUGUAGAGAAAGACAUAUUUCUUGACAUUGCUUGUUUCUUGAAAGGGGAGAAUUUAGACUUUGUAAGAAGGAUUAUGGAUGCUUCUUAUGACUCUGCACAUUCAAGUAUCGAGAACCUCAUUGAUAAAUCUCUUAUAUCUGUUUCACAACAUAUGAUAGCAAUGCAUGAUUUAUUGCAACAGAUGGGUCGGGACAUCAUUUACAAUGAAUCACCUUCGGAGCCUGAAAGACGCAGUAGGUUGUGGAUUCCAAAUGACAUUUAUAAUGUGUUAACAGAAAACAGUGGAACAAAAACACCCAAAGGCAUACUACUUGAUAUGUCCAGAAUUCCAAAAUUGGAAUUAAAAGCGGAAGCCUUUCUGAAGAUGCGAAAACUUAAAUUCCUCAAAUUCUAUCUUCCUUACAGCUUUGAAAGGGUUCAAGUGACAUCCAAAAUCCUCCUACCUCAAGGGCUUUUAUCACUUCCUGAUGAGCUAAGAUACCUUUACUGGGAGAGAUAUCCAAUGAAGACUUUGCCCACCAGGUUUGAUCCAAAGAACCUAGUUGAACUUGAUAUGAGUUAUAGCCAUGUUGAACAACUUUGGGAGGGAAAACAGGAUUUACUAAAUUUGAAGAUUAUCAAACUCAACUAUUCUAAGAAUCUUGUAAGAAUCCCGGACCUCUCAAGUGCCACAAAUCUUGAAAAGAUAGAACUUAGGGGGUGUUCUAACUUGCGUGAGCUUCAUUCAUCCCUUCACCAUCUAGAGAAGCUAACUCAUUUGGAUUUCAAUGAAUGUAGAAAUCUUAGAUCUCUGCCUAGCUUUUAUAAAGCCACAUCCCUUAUCAAUCUUUUUCUCCAUGACUGCUCAAAUCUAUCUAGUUUUCCAGAAAUCUUAAAGACCAUGGAGAGGUUGAUAUAUCUUGAUUUAAGCGGAACGGCUUUGAAGGAAUUACCAUCCUCAAUUGAUAAUCUUAUUGGUCUUGUGAACUUGAGUUUGGACAACUGUAAAAAUCUUGUUUGCCUUCCUAACAGCUUUUAUAAAUUGAAAUCUCUUAAGAUAUUCACAAUUCAAGGUUGCUCGAGAUUGGAGAUAUUUCCAGAAAUCUUAGAGACCAUGGAGAGGUUGACAUAUCUUGAUUUAAGUAGAACUGGUUUGAAGGAAUUACCAUCCUCAAUUGACAAUCUUAUUGGUCUUACACAAUUGAGACUGAGCAACUGUGAAAACCUUGUUUGCCUUCCUGACAGCUUUUAUAAAUUGAAAUCCCUUCAGUUUUUCAAUCUUGAAGGUUGUUUAAGAUUGGAGAUUUUUCCAAAAACCUUGGACACCAUGGAGAGGUUGGUGCAUCUUGAUUUAAGCGGAAUGUCUUUGAAGGAAUUACCAUUCUCAAAUGAUAAUCUUAUUGGUCUUAUAAAUUUAAGAUUGAACAAGUGUGAAAACCUUGUUUGUCUUCCUGACAACUUUUAUAAAUUGAAAUAUCUUAUCUUUUUCUCUCUUCAAAAUUGCUCGAGAUUGGAGAUUUUUCCAGAAAUCUUAGAGGCCAUGGAGUGGUUGAGGGUGCUUGAUUUAAGUGGAACGGCUUUGAAGAAACUACCAUCCUCAAUUGUCAAUUUUAUUUUUCUUAUAGAUUUGAGACUGAGCGACUGUGAAAACCUUGUUUGCCUUCCUGACAACUUUUAUAAAUUGAAAACUCUUACCUUUUUAAAUCUUCAAAAUUGCUCGAGAUUGGAGAUUUUUCCAGAAAUCUUAGAGACCAUGGAAUGGUUGAGGGAGCUUGAUUUAAGCGGAACGGCUUUGAAGGAAUUACCAUCCUCAAUUGACAAUCUUAUUGGUCUUGAGGAUUUGAGAUUGAACAACUGUGAAAACCUUGUUUGCCUUCCUGACAGCCUUUAUAAAUUGAAAUCUCUUAACAGAUUCACACUUGAAGGUUGCUCGAGAUUGGAGAUUUUUCCAGAAAUCUUAGAAACCAUGGAAUGGUUGAGCUUUCUUAAUUUAAGCAGAACGGCUUUGAAGGAAUUACCAUUCUCAAUUGACAAUCUUAUUGGUCUUCAAAACUUGAGAUUGAACAACUGUGAGAACUUGUUUACUGCCAUUGGAGGCAGACCAGUGAAGCAGAAACAUCUCCAUGUGUUAUCCCCAUUGAAGAAGUUAAAUUUAUCUGAAAGCAAUCUUGAGAACUUGCCCAUAACCAUCAAACAUUUUCCUUUGUUGAAAGAGCUAAUCUUGAGGAAAUGCAAGGGACUGAAAUCAUUACCAGAGCUUCCACCAAGCCUGGAAUAUUUAGAUGCAAAUGGCUGUACUUCAUUAGAGGAUGUCUCAAGCAUUAAGAAGCUUUUUGAGCAAGCACCAUUUUGUCAGGAUAUAGAUGCAGCUGAGGGCCCUUCAUUGAAGUUGAUGUUCACCAACUGCUUCAAACUAGGUGAGAAAAGUGUGGGGAAAGAUAUAGAUGUAGAUGGCAGCACUUCAGUAGAGGAAGUCUCAAACAUUGAGAAGGUUUUGAAGCAAGCAGUGUUUUGUAAAUCCUUGGGUUUGCUAUUUACGAACUGUUUCCUACUGGAUCAAAAAGCUGUGCGCAAUCCUGAAACACCAAAGUUGGAAAUGCCAUUUGAGCAAAUGUUCACUGUACUAAAAGAUUAUCAUCAGGCACCCCCAGAAAGUAAAAGAAGAAUUAAGAUGCGUACAUGCGUCCCUGGAAGUGAAAUUCCGGAAUGGUUUGAUUUCAAAAGCUUAGGAUCUUCCAUAAACAUCCAAUUGCCUUCAGACUGGUGCUCUAAUAAUAACUGGAUAAACUUUCCAUGUUUCGUUGCUUCCGCCGUUGUUUCAUUCCCAGACUCUUAUAAUGGUAUGGAAUUUGGCAUUAACUGUAAAUGUCAUCUGGAAUCCUGUAAUGGCGACUCUCAUUACCUGAUCAGUUGUUAUGUCUCCGGUGGGUUUGAAAGCGGAUUGUCAGAUCACUUGUUCCUCUUAUAUGGUGGUGAAGAAGUUAGGGGGUUUGGUAAAAGUGAGGCAUCAAACAAGCGUUUUUACAAUUAUGAGGGUUCCUUUAGUUUCGACCUUGUUCUUGAUGGGCAGAUUUGGUCAGAAUGCAAGGUAAAACAGUGUGGGGUUCAUCUAUUAUUUGCAAAUUAA